CACACAUAGCGGUGAGAGAUGGCGAGAUAAGGACUAGCUAGCUGCUUCACCUCCGCGGAUCUCAUCCAUCAGCACAGCGACUGGGUCACAUGACAGCAGGCAGCUUGUAGAGCACACACACCAUCACCGCAGCGCCAUUGACUCUUUUCAGCUCCUUUUUAAGCAAGCUUUUACUCCCGCUCGGAGUGCGCCAGGUGGAGGAUGACUGGUAAAACCCAGACCAGCAACGUGACCAACAAGAAUGACCCGCGCUCGCUCAACUCCAGAGUCUUCAUCGGCAACCUCAACACGGCCAUCGUCAAGAAGACCGACAUCGAGGUCAUCUUCGCCAAGUACGGCAAGAUCGUGGGCUGCUCCGUGCACAAGGGCUACGCCUUCGUACAGUACCUGGCCGAGAGGAACGCCCGGGCGGCCGUGGCCGGCGAAAACACCCGCGUCAUCGCCGGACAACCUUUGGACAUAAACAUGGCUGGCGAGCCCAAACCCUACAGGCCCAAAAGCGUCUCCAAAAGGCCCAUCUCAGCGGUCUACAGCCCUCUCUCCCACAGUGGUUAUGAAUUUGACUACGAGUACUACAGAGAUGACUUCUACACCAGGCUUUUUGACUACCACGGCCGAGUGGCGCCCCCUCCAAGAGCCGUGAUCCCCGUGAAGCGCUCCAGGGUGCUGGCUCCUUCUUCUCGCCGCGGGAAAGCCUCCUUCCAUAUCAAAACGUCCUCCUCUUCCUCGUCGUCGUCCUCCAGACCUCCCACGUCCUCCUCCUCUGCAGUCGGCAUCAAACUGAAGACCAACCAGCUGCAGUCCAUCAAACGGGAGCUGACGCAGAUCAAGACCAAGAUUGAUUCCCUGCUGGGUCGCCUGGAGAAGAUUGAGAAGCAGCAGAGAGUCGAGUCCGAGGCUCAGAGGAAGUACGAGGACAACUGCGACUCGCUGCAUGAUGAGUCGGUGUCAGAGGCGGCAGAGAACUCCGGCGAAGAGGCCGGCGGGGGAGCGCUGGACGUGGAGGCCGGCGAGAUGAGUGGCGAGGAUGACUACGACGAAGAGGACGAGGAGGGCGGCCGCCACCAUCUGAUAGAGAACCACAUUUCGGAUAUUGACAACUGAAAUGAGGAAAUUGUCCCGAAUUCAUCAUUCCUUUCAUGAGGCGGAGAGAGGGAGGAUCAGCAAAGUAUACAGAGUGACCGGACAGACUUGAAGAGACGCCGACGAGUGGGCAGCAAAAGUGGCGUAUGUAAAAAAAGCAAAAAAAUGCUAAAAAAAAAAAAAUUACAAUUUACCACAAACGGUGCGCUGUUGUCAUAUCCCACAGAGAUACUUGCGAUGUGGUUUUGCGUACGCGGAACAUUUUCUUAAUGUGAAUAAAAUCUAUUUAUUCACAUUUUGUGUGUUUGCGUCUUCUCAACAUGCGCUAAAAUGUUUAUUUUAAAGCUUAAUUUUGGUCCGCCUCCAGUCUUCAACAACUCAAUGUGUUUUACCCCCAACAAAAUUGAUAUUUGCAAUGUUUAAUUUGGAUUGGACGGAUGCUUUUAAUGACCUAAUUCUUGAGUUAGCGCAGAAGCUAAUAGUUAGCUUUAUUAUGCUUCUGACACGGCCAAUCUUCAGAAAAACUAAAAAGGGGGCCGCCAGCUAGCAACCCUUCGAAAUGGCAACUAGAGCAGUGAUUCUCAAACUAGUGGUACCCAGGCACCAUCUGAUGGUACGCAAAAUAAUUACCUAAUUAAAAAUUCAAACAGUGUUACUGUUCAAACUGUGUGUAAUGGUACAUUGGGCAAAAAUAUUCAAUAUACUUGGUAAAUAAAACCUUUACCUUGUUUUUCAUUAAUAUUAAGGCCUACUACGCUACUGUAAUUUAAUGUUUAAUCAUUAUGAUCAUUAUGGUGGUACUUGGAGAGCCAAGUGUUUUCUGAGGGAGUACUUGGUGAACAAAGUUUGAGAAGCGCUGAACUAGAGUAUUAUUUAUAGUACUAAGCAUACUUUACACCUGCAAGCUAAUACUGAAACAAAACACAAAAAAAACGACUGGAGAUCCAAGGUCAGCAAGAUUGUCAUGAAGGAUGGAUUAACAAUUAUUUUAUUUUCAGUGUUAAAAUAUUGUUUUUAAAAAAAUUGUGAGAGCGUAAGAGCGAGUGGACAUUUUUUUCCCUUUUUUUUUUUUGGCUCGACAUCCUCUCCCUGUGUAAGUAGUGGUUACCAUGGAAACAGCAGCUAGACUAGACCGUCAAUCAACAGCAGUAUAUUGACUGUGAGUCCGUGUGUGUGUGUGAGUGAGUGACUUCGGGCUUUGUUAGAGACGCGAAAAACUGUUGUAAAAAGAAGAAAAAAAAAAGUAAAAUUUUUUGUAUAAAUAUUUUUAUCAAAAGGCAUGUUUAAUGUAACUUUGUAUUUUCAGUUGCUGUACAAAAAAAAAAAGAGAAGAAAACUACGGUAUAUGACAGCUGCUGUAAGGCCAGAAGGUUCAUUUAGCCAUUGUGUACAUAAAUAUUUGUGUUCUUCUGAUUCAAUAAAGUUUGUGUCACGUUUAAUUAAA